AUGCAAGCAACAUUUGAAUCAAGUGAAGAAAUUCAAAAACCAAUUAAAAAAUUGGAACAUGUAGAAACACCAAAUAACCUAAUAAAUACCACACCCAAAGAUAUUAUUAAUAAAACUAUAUUUAGAACCAGAAGAAUCUGUAAAACACGUGAUAGAGAAGACAGGGCUGUUGCCGCUUACCUCCGCGCCUUAAAUUUAGCUCCAAAUAAUGCUGUAGUACAUGGAAAUUUGGCAUGUGUCUAUUAUGAACAAGGAUUAAUUGAUUUGGCUAUUGAUACGUACCGACGUGCUAUUGAAUUACAACCAAAUUUUCCAGAUGCAUAUUGUAAUUUGGCAAAUGCACUUAAGGAAAAGGGACAGGUUAAAGAGGCUGAAGAAUGUUAUAACACUGCAUUACGACUUUGCUCUAAUCAUGCUGAUUCACUUAAUAAUUUGGCAAAUAUUAAACGUGAACAAGGUUUUAUUGAGGAAGCAACACGUUUAUAUCUUAAAGCUUUGGAAGUUUUUCCUGAAUUUGCUGCAGCACAUUCAAAUUUGGCAUCAGUUUUACAACAACAGGGCAAACUUAAUGAGGCACUUAUGCAUUAUAAAGAAGCAAUACGAAUUCAACCAACAUUUGCUGAUGCAUACUCAAAUAUGGGAAAUACAUUAAAAGAAUUACAAGAUGUUAACGGUGCUCUACAGUGUUAUACGCGUGCCAUACAAAUAAAUCCAGCAUUUGCUGAUGCACAUAGUAAUUUAGCUAGUAUUCAUAAAGAUUCUGGUAAUAUACCAGAAGCAAUACAGUCCUAUCGUACAGCAUUAAAAUUGAAACCAGAUUUUCCAGAUGCAUAUUGUAAUUUAGCUCAUUGUUUACAGAUAGUAUGCGAUUGGACUGAUUAUGAAGCUCGUAUGAAAAAAUUGGUUAGCAUUGUAGCUGAACAAUUAGAAAAAAAUCGCCUACCAUCUGUUCAUCCGCAUCAUUCUAUGUUGUAUCCAUUGUCUCAUGAGUUCCGUAAAGCGAUCGCAGCCAGACACGCUAACUUGUGCCUUGAAAAGAUCCAUGUAUUACAUAAACCGCCAUAUAAAUUUUUACGCGAAAUACCAAUGGGCGGACGUUUACGUAUUGGUUAUGUAAGUAGCGAUUUUGGUAAUCAUCCUACAUCGCAUCUAAUGCAAUCGAUUCCGGGACUACAUGAUCGCUCACAUGUUGAAGUAUUUUGCUAUGCAUUGAGCCCUGACGAUGGUACAACAUUCCGUUCAAAAAUAUCACGUGAAUCAGAACAUUUCAUUGAUUUAUCACAAGUUGCAUGUAAUGGUAAAGCUGCUGAUCGUAUAUUUGCUGAUGGCAUACAUAUAUUAAUAAAUAUGAAUGGUUAUACAAAAGGUGCACGUAAUGAAAUUUUUGCAUUAAGACCAGCACCAGUACAAGUAAUGUGGUUGGGUUAUCCAGGUACAAGUGGCGCAAGUUUCAUGGAUUAUAUUGUUACUGAUGCUGUCACAUCACCAUUGGAAUUGGCAUCACAGUAUAGCGAAAAAUUAGCGUAUAUGCCAUUCACAUAUUUUAUUGGCGACCAUAAACAAAUGUUUCCCCAUUUAAAAGAAAGAUUAAUUGUUACAGAUCGUAUUACUGGAGCAAGUAAUGUUGUUGCUGACAAUGUUGCUGUUAUAAAUGCAACAGAUUUAUCGCCUUUAGUUGAAAGUACAGAUGUUAAGGAAAUUAAAGAAGUAGUAUUGGCACAAAAACCUGUUGAAAUAUCACUUAAAGUGGCUGAAUUACCAACAACAACACAAAUAGAUGCAAUGAUAUCAACAGGACAAGUUCAGACAUCAGUGAAUGGUGUUGUGGUACAAAAUGGUUUAGCAACGACACAAACAAAUAAUAAAGCAGCAACUGGUGAAGAAGUACCACAAAAUAUCGUUAUUACAACAAGACAACAAUAUCAAUUACCUGAUGAUGCAAUUGUUUAUUGCAAUUUUAAUCAAUUAUAUAAAAUUGACCCACUUACGCUGCAAUCAUGGGUAAUUAUAUUAAAACAUGUACCAAAUUCUGUUUUAUGGUUAUUGCGAUUCCCGGCUGUUGGUGAACAAAAUAUCAAAAAAACUGCUGAAGAAUUAGGAAUUAAUGGCUCAAGAAUUAUUUUUUCAAAUGUUGCUGCAAAAGAAGAACAUGUUAGAAGAGGGCAAUUAGCUGAUGUAUGCUUAGACACACCUUUAUGUAAUGGACACACAACAUCAAUGGAUGUAUUAUGGACAGGAACACCGGUUAUUACACUUCCAGGAGAAACACUUGCUUCAAGAGUUGCUGCUUCACAAUUAGCAACAUUAGGUUGUCCAGAAUUAAUUGCUAGAACGAGACAAGAAUAUCAAGAUAUUGCUAUAAGAUUAGGUACAGAUCGUGAAUAUUUAAAAGGUAUACGUGCCAAAGUAUGGAAAGCUCGAGUUGAAUCACCAUUAUUUGAUUGUCAACAAUAUGCACUUGGCUUAGAAAAAUUAUAUGAUAGAAUGUGGGUAAAACAUUCAAAAGGUGAACAACCAGAUCAUAUUGCAGCAAAUGAUGAUAUUUAAAUGAAAUUAAAUACAUACUUAUUAUUUAAUGUAGUAUGUAUAUAAAUAUGUAUAUUUAUAUAUAUACAUGAACGGCGUAUAUACAUAUAUAUGUAUAUAUAUACAUAUAUAAAUACAUAAUAUACAUAUACGUAUAUAAUAUUAAUUAAGGAUAUGAAAAAGGAAUGAAUAUAAGAAAAAAACAAAAAAUAAAAUAAAAAAUCAAAUACAAAAAUAAUUAUUACACAAAUUAAAAAAUAGUAAGUUAAACGGGAAUGAAUGGAAAACUUAAAUAAAAGAAAUAGAAAAACAAAAGAUCAAAAUAUCAAAAUAAAAUAUAUAACCAUAGAAUUAUUUAAUGCUAUACUAUGUAUUUAUGUAUAUAUAUAUAUAUAUAAUAAUAUAUAUAUAUGCAUAUAUACUAACAUAUAUUUACAAUACAUUAUAAUAUGCAAGAGAAACAAAAACAAAACAUAAAAUUAUAUAUUAUAUAACAGAAAACACAUGAAUAACAUUAUAAUAAUAAAAAGAAAAAAAACAAAAAUAUUAAAGUAAUUAUUAUAUUAUUUUUAAUAAAUUUAGCUGUGUUGUAAUUAAAAUCAUAAAACAAAUGAGAAAAAAAAAAAAAACAAAAAAAAUUACAAAAUAACAAAAAAAAAAAUAAAGCAGAUUAAAAAAUUAAUACAUAAAUAAAAACAAAGAAAAAGUAAAGAAAGGAGAAGAACGAAAAAAAAAUAACAAAUGAUUUUUGAUGAACUUGAUUGAAAAAAUUUUUAAAUAAAUUAUACACAUAUUUGAAAAAAAAUAUAUAUAAAAUAAAAAAAAAAAACUAUAUAAAUUAUAUAUAUAUAUAUAUAAACAAACAAAAACUUGAUAUGUAUAUUAAAAACAAAAUAAUUAUCCUUUUUAUUAAUUUUUUUUUGUCUCUUACUUUCUCUUCUCUCCUGUAUUGUCGCUGUUAUUUUCUUAUUAUUGUAGGCUUUAAAUUAAGAAACAAAAAAAUAUAUAUUAAAAUAUCUCGUGAAAGUUUUAAUUUUUCUUAAUUUUUAAUAUUCUCUUUUAAUUUUAAAUCAAUUUUCAAAUUUUAUUUAAAAACAAAAAAAUUAGGCAAAUUAUUAUUAUUAUUCUUAAUUAUUAUGACUUAUCAUCAUUCUUGUUAUGAACAUUUUUUUUUUUUUUAAAUCCGUACAGACAUUAUUAACUUUUCUACCUUUUAAUAAUAUUAUGUAAAAUAUAUAUGUAUAUAUAAAUGAAUAUAAUACACUUUAAAAAUAGAAUAUUAAAAAAAAAAAUAGAAUAUUUUUUGUAACUUCUUAUUUGGGGGAAAAAAAAAUUUUAAUUAUAUUUGAAAAAUAAAAAACAAAACAACAUGAAAACAAUUGGUAUAAAAUUAAAAAUAAAAGAAAAAUGCAAAUAAAUUUAAUUCUAAUUCUGAAAA